AUGGCGGAACCUCUCAGCAUCACCGCCAGUGCCCUCACGAUAGCCGCAAGCACUGCCUUUGAUCUCAAGAAGGGGUUUAGCAACUAUCAACACGCUACCGAUACCCUAGACAGUAUCCGAGAUGAAAUCGAUGUCAUUACAGGUGUACUAGAAACCAUUUCAGAGGGUUUAACAUCUCAUUCCCGAACUCUGGAAACCCGCGGGUUCACGCAACGGUUCUUGGACACCCUUGAUGGCUGCCACGAUGCAGUCACUCAGAUCAACUCCGAAUUCGAGAAAAUAACGUCUAGUCUCGAAUGGUGGACCAGAGUGAAAUCUUUGUGGAAUGAAACAGAAAUGUCGAGACUCCUUUCUCAACUACAGCGGCGACAGAACGCUCUCUCCUGGCUACUGAAAGCUCUAGACCUACAUGCUACUAUUACCCUCUCGCGCCAGGUUCAUGCAAACAUCGCUCAGCCUCUGCGACCAGUCUAUGUAUCCACUCGAAACCCGGACUGGGAAAAUGCAUCAGCCGUGGGUUCAACAGUCGGUGUAUUUGGAGGUAACGAUACGAUUGCUUCCACCACAGAGUUCGACUUCGAUGAAGAGAUUACUCUGGACGGUCCCUACUUGCAAGCCCGAUCAGCAAUCAUAAACGAGAUAACUGAUGGGUCUCACCAGCAGAAUGAUCUAAGGCUUGAGCCAAUCAAAGAGCAAGAAGAAAAGGGACCUUCGCUAGUUGCUCAACGUGGAGCAGCAUCGCUAUCUGACCUUUCAUCUUCCGGCUCUUCUGAAGCUUCCUCUUCACCAAGCCCACCAAUAUCGGGAUUACGCCAGCAUACUCCAGUCACUAGUAACGAAAGCGGGAUAGAACCAACGUACUAUACCGACGAUGGCUUUAAGGCUUUGCAUUUUGCUCGUGCUCGGUACUGGCAUAGGGCUCAACGUCCUAACGAGAUCUCGUUUUCAAAAGAUGGCAUUCUCGUUGUUCUAAUGUUGCAGGGCGAUGAACAGUGGGUAGCACAGGUUGUUGGGAAGAACCAAGGGUCGGGGCUUGUGCAUAUUAGUAAUCUACUGUGGCCAGUUGAUCAAGACGGCAAGGAGCUUCCAUCAACGCGGCUUGGUUAUCAACUUGAUGGCAUGUCAGGCGGUCAGGACAGGGGCACAGUGACAACGGCCGUGCUAAAAUCUCACGAUCGAAGAAUAUUCCCAAAAGAGUUUACGCCUGGAUCAAACACUUCGUUCUUCGAUCUAUUGGGGUCAACCGAAGUCAUCGAUCUCGUAGCUUCGCUCCGAGCUCAAUCACCGUCGUAUCUUAGUCAUGACCUAUACGAUGACGAUUUAAAGCACAUCGCGGCUACGUUUGUCGGUUGUUACGACCAGCUUGUGAAAAAAAUCAUUUACCGAAGUUUUCACGAAGACUAA